UUCACAGAUCUACAAUGCAGUGAGAAGGGGAGAAAAAACAGAAGAUACAAUUGGAUCUCUUCUCCAUUUCUUCACAAAGCUCCCAGUCUCUGAGACAGCCCAUGAAAGGAUUAACGUUGGUCCCUGCUUAAAGCAAUGUGUCCGAGAUACCGUGUGUGAGUAUCGUGCCACCCUCCAAAGGACUUCUAUAUCUCAGUACAUCACCGGUUCUCUCCUGGAAGCAACCACAUCUUUAGGAGCCAGAAGUGGCCUUCUCAGUACUUUUGGAGGAUCCACUGGGCGAAUGAUGCUGAAAGAACGCCAACCGGGCACCUCUAUGGCCAAUUCCAGUGCCCUCCCCUCAAGUUCAGCUGGGAUCAGCAAGGAACUGAUUGAUCUGCAGCCCCUCAUCCAGUUCCCAGAGGAAGUCGCCAGCAUCCUGAUGGAGCAGGAACAGAAUAUUUACCGAAGGGUCUUGCCGGUUGACUAUCUUUGCUUCUUGACCCGGAACUUGGGCCCUCCAGAAUGCCAGAGGUCGCUUCCCUGCCUCAAAGCGUCCAUCUCAGCAUCAAUUCUUACCUCCCAGAACGGAGAGCACAAUGCCCUUGAAGAUCUUGUGAUGAGAUUUAAUGAGGUGAGCUCCUGGGUGACGUGGCUGAUCCUCACGGCGGGCUCCAUGGAGGAGAAGCGGGAAGUCUUCUCGUACUUGGUGCAUGUGGCCAAAUGCUGCUGGAACAUGGGAAACUACAACACUGUCAUGGAGUUCUUGGCCGGCCUCAGGUCAAGAAAAGUUUUAAAAAUGUGGCAGUUUAUGGACCAGUCUGACCUGGAGACCAUGAGGAGCCUGAAGGAUGCCAUGGCUCAGCACGAGUCUUCCUGCGAGUACAAGAAGGUGGUAACGCGGGCGCUGCACAUCCCCGGCUGUAAGGUGGUUCCGUUCUGCGGGGUCUUUCUGAAGGAGCUCUGUGAAGUACUCGACGGAGCCUCCGGCCUCAUGAAGCUUUGCCCGAGGUACAAUUCCCAAGAAGAGACUCUAGAGUUUGUAGCUGACUACAGUGGACAAGAUAAUUUCUUACAACGGGUGGGACAAAAUGGCUUGAAGAAUUCGGAGAAGGAGUCCACUGUCAACAGCAUCUUUCAGAUCAUCAGGAGCUGCAGUCGAAGCCUGGAGAUGGAGGAGGAGGACAGCCCCAGUGAAGGGAACAGCUCCAGGAAAAACUCCUUGAAGGAUAAAUCUCGAUGGCAGUUUAUCAUUGGAGAUCUGUUGGAUUCCGAAAACGACAUCUUUGAGCAGCCCAAAGAAUGGGACCCUCAUGGAUUAGAAGAGCCACAGAAGGCCUUUGACCACGGGACAGAGCUCAUCCCGUGGUACGUCCUGUCCAUCCGAGCUGACGUGCACCAGUUCCUGCUGCAGGGGGCCACCGUCAUCCACUAUGACCAGGACACACACCUCUCUGCCCGCUGCUUCCUCCAGCUUCAGCCUGACAAUAGCACCUUGACCUGGGCAAAGCCCACCACUGCCUCCCCAGCUAAAGCAAAACUGGGUGUGCUUAGCAACACCUCCGAGCCUGGCAAAUUCCCGUCACUGGGCAAUGCUGGAUUGAGUGGCCUGGCCGAAGGGGUCUUGGAUUUGUUUUCAGCUAAAGCUGUGUACAUGGGACAUCCUAACAUUGAUAUACACACUGUGUGUGUUCAGAACAAACUGAGUAGCAUGGUUCUGUCAGAGACGGGUGUGACACUGCUCCAUGGGCUGCAGACCACGGACAACAGAUUAUUGCACUUUGUGGCACCAAAGCACACAGCUAAAAUGCUCUUCAGCGGAUUGCUAGAACUCACCAGAGCUGUGAGAAAGAUGAGGAAGUUCCCUGACCAAAGACAGCAGUGGCUGCGGAAACAAUAUGUCAGCCUCUAUCAGCAUGUGGUUCUUUUACAGGAGGAUGGACGGUAUGAAGGCCCAACUUUGGCUCAUGCUGUGGAGUUGUUUGGGGGCAGACGAUGGAGUACUCGAAACCCCAGCCCUGGGACAUCAGCAAAGAGUGCUGAGAAGCCCAGCGUGCAGAGGAACAACACCUUGGGAAUAAGCACCACCAAGAAAAAGAAGAAAAUCCUUAUGAGGGGUGAAAGUGGCGAGGCCACCGAUGACGAGAUGGCCACCCGAAAGGCCAAAAUACAAAAAGAGUGUCGGAGCCGGAGCGGGUCUGACCCUCAAGACAUGAAUGAGCAAGAAGAACCAGAGGUGAAUGCCAUCACAAGCCCGCCUAACCCUCUCCCUUCCAGAAGAGCCCACUCCCUGACCACGACUGGGUCCCCGACCUUGGCUUCUGGGACGACGUCAUCUCCCAUCAGUGCUUGGAGCAGCAGCAGCUGGCACGGGCGGAUCAAAGGAGGAAUGAAAGGCUUUCAGAGCUUCAUGGUUUCAGACAGUAACAUGAGUUUUGUGGAAUUUGUUGAGCUGUUCAAAUCAUUCAGUGUAAGGAGCCGCAAGGACCUAAAGGACCUCUUUGAUCUCUAUGCCGUGCCCUGCAACAGAGCCGGCUCUGAGGCGGCCCCACUCUACACCAACCUAACCAUUGACGAAAACACCAGCGGUCUGCAGCCUGACCUAGAUUUGUUGACCAGAAAUGUCUCGGAUUUGGGGUUGUUCAUUAAGAGUAAACAGCAGCUGUCGGACAACCAGAGGCAGAUCUCUGAUGCUAUCGCUGCAGCAAGUAUCGUGACAAAUGGCACUGGGAUCGAGAGCACAUCCCUGGGCGUGUUUGGGGUUGGCAUACUGCAACUCAACGACUUUCUAGUGAAUUGCCAAGGAGAACACUGCACUUAUGAUGAAAUCCUUAGCAUCAUCCAGAAGUUUGAGCCUAACAUUAGUAUGUGUCAUCAGGGCCUAAUGUCAUUUGAAGGAUUUGCAAGGUUUCUGAUGGAUAAAGAUAAUUUUGCCUCGAAAAAUGAUGAGUCGCAAGAGAACAUGAAAGACUUGCAGCUGCCGCUCUCCUACUAUUACAUUGAAUCUUCACACAAUACCUACCUCACAGGCCACCAGCUCAAAGGAGAAUCCUCAGUAGAACUCUACAGCCAGGUUCUCUUGCAAGGCUGUAGGAGUGUAGAAUUGGACUGCUGGGACGGAGAUGAUGGGAUGCCCAUCAUUUAUCAUGGACACACACUGACAACCAAGAUACCCUUCAAGGAAGUGGUUGAAGCCAUUGAUCGCAGUGCCUUCAUCAAUUCUGACCUGCCAAUCAUCAUAUCGAUUGAGAACCACUGUUCACUGCCUCAGCAACGAAAAAUGGCAGACAUUUUUAAGACUGUGUUUGGAGAAAAACUGGUGUCUAAAUUCUUAUUUGAGAGCGAUUUCUCUGAUGACCCAAUGCUUCCCUCACCUGACCAGCUUAGAAGGAAAGUGCUUCUUAAAAAUAAGAAGCUAAAAGCCCAUCAGACGCCGGUGGAUAUCUUAAAGCAAAAGGCUCAUCAGUUAGCAUCCUUGCAAGCCCAGGCUUACAAUGGUGCGAGCACCAACCCCCCACCUGCUACUAAUGAGGAGGAGGAAGAUGAAGAAGACGAAUAUGAUUAUGACUACGAAUCUCUCUCUGAUGCAGAUGUCCUUACUGCUUCUCCUGCUCCUAACAGUCAGGAAGACAACAUUCUAGAAGACAGACCUGAAAAUAAAUCAUGUAAUGACAAGCUUCAGUUUGAGUAUAAUGAAGAAAUCCCCAAGAGGAUAAAGAAAGCAGAUAACUCUGCUUGCAACAAAGGAAAGGUUUAUGACAUGGAACUGGGAGAAGAAUUUUAUCUUCCUCAGAAUAAAAAGGAAAGCAGACAGAUUGCACCAGAGCUUUCUGACCUUGUCAUCUACUGCCAAGCAGUAAAAUUUCCAGGCCUGUCAACUCUAAAUGCAUCUGGCUCUAGCAGAGGAAAAGAGAGGAAAAGCAGGAAGUCCAUUUUUGGCAACAAUCCGGGCAGAAUGAGCCCUGGGGAGACAGGAUCAUUUAACAAAACAUCUGGAAAAAGUUCCUUUGAAGGAAUGCGACAGGCCUGGGAGGAAUCUUCUUCCCCCCUCAGCCCAACCACGUCCCUGAGCGCUAUCAUUAGAACUCCCAAAUGUUACCAUAUCUCAUCACUGAAUGAAAAUGCCGCCAAACGUCUGUGUCGCAGGUAUUCUCAGAAACUGAUCCAACACACCGCCUGUCAGCUGCUGAGGACUUACCCAGCUGCCACUCGCAUCGACUCAUCCAACCCCAACCCCCUCAUGUUCUGGCUGCACGGGAUACAGCUCGUGGCACUCAACUACCAGACAGAUGACCUCCCUUUACAUUUAAAUGCUGCCAUGUUUGAGGCCAACGGCGGCUGUGGUUAUGUGCUGAAACCCCCAGUGCUGUGGGACAAGAACUGCCCCAUGUAUCAGAAGUUUUCUCCCUUGGAAAGGGACCUAGACAACAUGGAGCCUGCCGUCUAUUCUUUAACCAUUGUCUCUGGUCAAAACGUGUGCCCGAGUAACAGCACGGGAAGCCCGUGUAUUGAGGUCGACGUCCUGGGAAUGCCCCUGGACAGCUGCCAUUUCCGCACGAAGCCCAUCCAUCGAAAUACCCUGAACCCCAUGUGGAACGAACAGUUUCUCUUCCGGGUUCACUUUGAAGAUCUCAUAUUUCUUCGUUUUGCAGUUGUAGAAAACAACAGCUCGGUGGUAACUGCUCAGAGAAUCAUUCCACUCAAGGCUUUGAAGCGAGGGUACCGCCAUCUUCAGCUGCGAAGCCUCCACAACGAAGUCUUGGAAAUCUCUAGCUUAUUCAUAAACAGCAGAAGGAUGGAAGAAUGUGCCUCUGGCAGGACCAUGCUGGCCUCUUUGAUGUUUAAUACGGAAGAAAGAAAAUGUUUGCAGACUCACAGAGUCACGGUGCAUGGGGUCCCAGGUCCAGAGCCCUUUACUGUUUUCUCUAUAAGUGGAAGCACCAAGGCAAAGCAGCUUCUCCAACAAAUUCUGACUACUGAACAAGACACCAAACCUCUUGUCACAGACUAUUUCCUAAUGGAAGAAAAAUAUUUUAUAUCUAAAGAAAAGAACGAAUGCAGAAAACAACCAUUCCAUAGAGUCAUUGGUCCAGAAGAAGAGGUCAUGCAGAUUUUAAGCAGCUGGUUUCCAGAAGAGGGAUAUGUUGGCAGAAUUGUCUUAAAAACCCAGCAGGAAAACCUAGAAGAGAAAAGCAUUGUUCAGGAUGACAAGGAGGUGAUCCUGAGCUCCGAGGAGGAGAGUUUCUUUGUCCAAGUGCAUGACGUUUCUCCAGAACAACCUCGAACAGUCAUCAAAGCACCCCGCAUCAGCACGGCGCAGGAUGUCAUUCAGCAGACCUUGUGCAAAGCCAAAUACUCCUACAGCAUCCUGAGCAACCCCAAUCCCAGCGACUAUGUGCUUCUGGAAGAGGUGGUGAAAGACGCUUCCAACAAGAAGGCUUCCAACGCGAAGUCCUCUCAGCGGGUCCUUUUGGAUCAGGAGUGUGUGUUUCAAGCCCAAAGCAAAUGGAAAGGUGCAGGAAAAUUCAUCCUGAAGCUGAAGGAGCAGGUGCAGGCAUCCCGAGAAGACAAAAGAAAAGGCAUUUCUUUUGCAAGUGAACUCAAGAAGCUCACCAAGUCGACCAAACAGCCCCGAGGAGUCACAUCGCCUGCUCAGGUCUUGGCCUCAGAAAGUGUCCAAAACAAGGAGGAAAAACCUGUGGGAGGCUUGUCCUCCAGUGACGCGAGCGACUAUCGGCAGUGAACCACGGGGAGCAUGUGUUGCCAGGUGAAGAUCUUUGGGCAAGAAGUUCAAGUCAAGAACGAAUGUGGUGGAAACAAAUAUAAUUUCCUUGUUUUCAUUCAAUUAAACUGGAAACUGAUGAUUUCUGAACUGAAGCCUUCUUCACCCAUGAUGUGAGGUCCACAAUGAGGACAAGCAUGAUGAAUGAAGCAAAGAAGCCCAGGAGAUCCCACUUUACAAAAAAAAAUUGCUAAGCUUGCAAUAAUUGACUUAGAACAGAUGUCAGCAAACUGACUGUAAAGGGCCAGAUAGUAAAUAUUUUAGGCUUUAUGGGCCAUAUGUCUCUGUUGCAACUACUCAGCUCAGCUGUC